AUGCGACCCGGUGCAGCAUCAAUUAGGACGACCGGAUCAGUCCUCGCCUUCCUCGUUCCCUCCGCCCAGUGCAUGCGCAGUGCUCCCGCCGCACGAUUCUCAACAUCGCCCAUAAGAUGCAAAAAGGACAAUAACUCCAACAGAGGAGUGUCAGCAGUACGGGGAACAGGUCUUCGAAAGAGGCAGACACUCUCUGUCCUAUCUAAAAAGGGGUCUGGGGACCAGCCACCGAAGCCAGUACCCAUCACAGAGAAAGUCACAGGCACGCCGGACCAUGGCUUGUGGGACUUUUUCAAGGACAAGAAGCUCAUUCAGACGCCUGUCGACGAGAGCAGACACGGCCGAGCAUGGACUGUAGGCGAACUGCGCAAUCAAGACUGGGAUGCACUGCACCAAUUAUGGUGGGUAUGCGUGAAGGAGCGGAACCGCCUGGCGACGGAGAAGAUUGAGCGGGCACGUCUUGACGCUGGCUAUGGUGAUCAGGAAAACAAAGACCGAGACACGGUUGUGCAGGAGACGAUGAAGGCCAUCCUGGAUACACUUUCUGAGCGACACCAGGCAUACAUGGAGGCAGUUGAGCUUGCCAAGCAGGACCCAAGUAUCGACUUGUCGAGGACAGACGGCCCGCAAUUCGUCGAGCCAGCUUAUGAAGGCGUCACUUGCAGAGUGGCGGAAUACACACUGGAGAGCUUUGGUCACGUCGGAGUAGGCCAGCAUUUGCUGUCUGAAGGCUGGCAUAUAGUCACUGCAUAG